AUGGUGACGACACGAAGCGGAACAAAGCGCAAGUCCAUGGACAACUCCGAUAUCAUCGAAACCGCAGAACCCCCUCACCUGGACGCGGCGCUGCAGAAGCAGCUCGCGGCCGCCCACCCCAGCCCGGCGGUGACGAAGAAGGCCGCCGGAGCGACGACGUCUGCUCCUGCUCCUGCUCCUGCUCCCGCGGCGGAAACUGCUCAAGAUUCGGAUUCCGACUCGGAUGACGAGGCGCCCGAGGCCGUAUCCAAUGUUCAGGCCGCCGAGCAGGCGAAGCAAUCCGCCCAGGCCGCCCAGAAGGCUGCUCAAGAACAAGCCACGCGCGAGAGGAAGAAGCGCCAGGAGCGCGACGCCCGGCUCAAGGCGCAAGCCGAAUCGAGAAAGGCCAAGGCCGUCCCCGAGCCCGCUCAAAAGAAAGUGGUCAAGGACGGUGACGAGGAAGUCGACGUUCAGGCCGAGGUAGACGCAGAUGCAGACGCUUCCGAGAAGGAGGACCACGUUGUCGGCAAGACGAAGAAGAACGCUCUCUCCGGCUUCCUCCCCGAAGAAUUCCUCCAAGAUUCGGACGAUGACGAGGACGACGAGGCCCGCCAGCUAGACGACAGCGGCGCCGACGAGCCGAAGCGCAAGAAGCGCAAGGCCGAGCAGAAGAAGACGGCGCCCCGUGACAAGAAGGCAGGCGGGGCCGUGUACAGGGUGAUGGAGCAGGCGGACCAGAGGCUGGCGCCCAAGAGCCAGCGCAACACGCGGGAGAUCAAGGCGAGGCUGAUGCAGAGGAACAGAAAGGCCGUGGGACAGACCAAGGGGUUCAUCGUGGGGAGGCCGGUGCCGAAGCCCGACUGGGGAAGCUCGAGGAGGUGA